GUGGCCGAGAAGGAAGCGCAGGAAAGGAUUCAAGCCCUUCAAGAGGCCGCGGCGAAGGCGGAAGAAGCCGACGCCUCCGUAGUGGCUGUGGAGGAGCCAAGGGCCCCAGCUUCUCGGAGUUCAUCGCCGCGGUCAGGGCCUGCGACCAGGUCGCCACCGCCGCCUCCACGGCGGCAUCCAUCGCCAAGAUCUACUUGAUGAUCAAGGGCAUAGAGGUGAAGAAGUUCGCUCCAGAUUCGAGCACGACGGGCUCGGCAAAGAUCAAGGAAUUCCAAACGAAGAUGGAGGAGAUGACCAAGCGGCUGAAGGACCUAAAGGCGAAGAACGCCAACCGCAGGAAGACCGCCUACACCCAGGACUCCCAGAAGUUGGUGAAGCAAGCGGAAGAACUGGCUGGCCAGGCGGCCAAGAUCGUGGAGCUCUUCGGGGAGGAGCAGCUGGCGAAGGCCUCCGAGGACCAGAUCCGCGCCGCCCAGGAGGACGUGGCCAAGGCCUCGGAGGAUGCCAGGGCUGCCGCAGAUGAGGCUGAGCGUACCAUCUUAGAGGCGAAGGACAUUGGCGGCCUGACGCAGGAGCUUACCGACCUGCAGCAGCGCUUCAAGAGCGCGAGGAUGGAAGUGGACAAGCACAUGCGCUUGUGCUCCACUGUGGAGCAUCGACUGCAAGCCCUGCAGCUGAGUGAACAGGCCUCUGCCAAGAUCAAGGGCUUGGAGGAGCAAGCCACCAAGAUGGCGGAGCUGGUCGCCAAGGUGAUGGAAGAUUCAGAGGGCAGCAGCCUGCAGUCUGCGGAAGAUACUGCUGGGGUGUUGAACAAGGAGGUGAUGCAGCAGUUUCGGCACUUGGAUUUGCAGGCGGCGUCGCGGGAUGAGGCGAUGCGAGAUGUGGCGAUCCGACUCCAGGAGCGCCUGAAGCCCGUGGCCGCCAGGUGCGAGGAGGCCUCGACCUCCCUGAGGCUACAUCGUCAGAAGGUCGCGGUGAAACUGGCCAUGGCUGAGUGCUCGCAGAGGGUCACCGAGACGGAGGCAGCUGUGAAGACCGCUGGUGAAGCUGAAGAGGCCUUCCAUCAGGCCGCGCAGACCGGCUCCCAGGCGGCUGCGCUCACGAGCCUCGAGACUUCCAUCAAGGCGGCGAACGGCGCCAUCAACAGCACAAAGUCUUUGCUGUCAUUGAAGCGCGUGGAGGUGAAGCGCCUGGCGAAGGAACUGUCCAGCUCCACCAUGGAGGAGUUGGAAAGCCUGCAGAAGCGUGUUGAUGACUGCACCCAGCAGCUUGCCCAGAGCAAGAAGGUGGUGGCAGAUCGGCAAAGUGAGGUCAUGAGCCGCGAGCUCGCGGAGAAGCUGAGCGCUGCGGAGAAGAUCUUCGAGGCCUGCCGCGCGCUCCCAAAGGACGAGACCGAAGUAGGCGAGCUGAGCUCGGCGGCGGAGGCUCUGGCCGAGCUUGAGAGGCUUGUGAACAGGCGCUUGGCGAUGCGGCACAAGGAUUCGGAGUCCAAUCCCUCGGAUGCCAACGCGGUGAAGCAGGUCGAGGGCAUGAAGGCGGAGCUCGAGACCUGGCAGAAUCAGAUCCGGGAGAACGAGACCCGCCUGGCCACCCAGCGCCUUAUCAAGGAGUCCUUUGAGAUUGUCGAUGUGCUUGAGAAGAAGAUGGCCAGCACGGAAGAGGUGGCUGCGCCUCUCGAUGAUGCAGAUCUUUCUGCCACCGUCUUCAUGAAGCACAUCAUAAAGGCACUUCAGGAGAGCUUUGUAAGAACGGGGGAGAGCGCAGAGGCGGUGAUCGGCAAAAUGGUUGCGGAAGACAAGGUCUUGGAGGACAAGUUCAUCUCGACUUUGCAAGAGUUGCCUGAGUUGCAGGUGGGGGACAAAGUGCCUCUGUUCACAGCGGAGGAGCUGGGAGCUGCCUUUCGCACCAUGCUGCCCAAGGGCCAGCAAGAGGUGUCCAAGUCCCAGUUUCUGGAUGUCUUCAAGACCCGGUACGCCUGCGUGAGCGCGGUGAGCAUGACGGACAGCCUGGCCAUCAAGGGCAGCAAGACCUUGCGCAAGCUGGCGCCAGCAGAGGUGCUGCAGGCCGUCGGCGAGCCCGAGAAGGACGCAGCAUCCGGGGUCAUGCGGGUGAAGGUGAAGUCGGACAAGGACGGCAGGGAAGGCUUUGUCACUCUGCGGGCCAUCAACGGUACCACCUUCCUGCAGACCUUCUCGCCUCACCAGGUCAUGACGACGCGCAUUGAGCUGGCGGUCGAUGAGAUGAGUGAGGCCUUGGGCUCCACUGCCAAGCUCUUGGACACCAAGCUGGCGAGCGGGCACUUGGCCGAGCUCAAGGCGGAGGUCAGCAAGCUCCGGCCGCGCAUUGCCGCAGUGCAGCUGUCCUUGAACGCGCUCAAGAAGAAGCUGGCCGAUUCCAAGAGGAAGAUCUCCGCAGUGGAAGCCGCCGAGUCCACGCGCAAGCAGGAGGCGCUGGACAGGAACGAGGCGGAGCAGAUCACGCAGAGGGCGCUGCAGGGCAUGGGGUUGGUGAGGCCUCAGAUCAAGGAGGCCAUCCCCAAGGCGGAGGAGCUCACUGCCAAGGGGAGCAGCAUCGACAACAUCGAGGCGCUUCUCAGCUCCGAGCAAGGUCUGGAGAAGCUCUAUGAGGACCUCAUCCAACUCCGCCGGAAGUUGGAGGAGGACAAGAGCUCUGUGAAGUAUGCCCGCUCUGGGCCCUUAGCCCAGGUCUGGGACACGGUGAGCACCUUCCUGGCGGAGAUUUGGACUCCGGAGGAGCGAUGCAUGCAGCUCCUGCAUGCCUUACAGGAGAAGCGACGGAGGUUGACCGCAGAUGCGCACAAGGCCGUGGCGGCCGCCCUGCGGGAGGCAGCAUUGAAGGAAGGCGUUGGCGUGCAGGCACUCUUUGACAGGCUGCGGAAGGACGGCAGCACCAUUCCUGUCCAGGAGAGUUGCGGACCUUUUUGGGGGACAGUCUCAAGGCUUCGGAGCUAG